AUGUCGCCCACACUCACCACCCUGGUCAUCCGGGCCCACAAGGUUAUUACAAUCGGAAUUUUCAGCCUCUGGAUAGCCGCCGCUGUGGGCUUUAUGAAAAUCGAUUUUCUCGUUAUGGAAGAAGACGAAUGGGAAUUUUUCGACCUCUGUCUCUCCACCAGUCUCCUGACCUGGCUGGUUUGUCGCUUAAUUGUGACGGUCCGGAAGGACAUCUGGGGUGGGUCCUUGGUAUACCGUUUAAGCAGCGCGCAUCACCACCAAUCACGACUCGAUGCACUCGUGUUAUUCAUCUUCUCUUGUGCCUGGAUAUGGGAAGUGCUAUUGAAAAUGAUCAUCAUGAUUUGGCUGACCGUGCUGGGGGGUGCUGUAUAUGCAUUCCAUAUCUACGGCGAUGCCAUUGCGGAGAUGGACGCAGACACCGAGAAUGGGAUCGAGUUUGACAUACCAGAGGCCUUGGAAAAUAUAAAGAAGUUCAAGACGGAGAUGAAAUUUGACCCUGCCGAGACUUUUGGGUGGAUUCCACCCAAGAUCAUGGUGGCUUGCCUCGUGCUAGCAUGGAUUUCGUCUAGUACGCUAAGCUUUUAUGUUGUUCGCGUUGGUUGGAAGUCAUUGAAGGUGAUUUUCAGGCUUCCUUCAGAGGAGUCUGCUGCCAGUGCGCCCAAAUUGUAUGUGGCUUAG